CCAAUGCUUCUCUUACUCCACCCACCCCACUGUGUCAUGGCUAUCAUCACUUCUGCUGCAAAACCCGUGACUUCUGCUGCUGCUGCUGCUGCUGCUGCUCACGCUCUGUAUCUCUGUGUUGAGUCAUUGCCCAACAUAUCUAUAUGUAGGGGUAGUGCUGUCACUGAGCAAGCAGUGUUACAGACGAGAAGACAACUGUUCUAAAAUGACCUCUGAGGACACAAUGACAAGAGCACAGGAAUGUAAACAUGAAUGGAACUUGAAGCUCUAAAUGGAUGCAAACAUGGACAGUGGAUGGAAUCAGACACAUAUGCUGAAUCUGUGGAGUGACUGAGGUAAACUGAUGGGCAGAAAAGGAAGGAGCUUGAUGGAAGAAAGAUGCCAGAGUGACUGAAACUGUAAGGACAUCCUGGCCAACUUAUAACCAUAAAGAGUCACCCCUUUUGUUGGAUGACAACUGAUGACGCAAGUAACAGUAAUGAGGGAUGAUGGGCAACGAUGGCACCAGCAACACAACAAAUAUGGAGCGUCAUAUGCUGAUAGUUUGCUGGUAUUGAAAGAGGGAUGGAAGGAGCAUAUGAUGAGCUUGGGUAGAUGCUCAUCAACAAUGACUCUGGGCCAUCUGGCAACUGCCAAGCAUGCUGGGAUAGCAGAACUUGGCACCGACUAAUUGAUCAGUUGACGAGAAUGCUACAGCUAAGUAUGCUGGGACAUCCGAAACAAUACAGCUGUGUGCCUGAGCAGUGAGGAUGAAGAGACAAGGCCAGAGGUUUGUCAAGGCAGACUACUAUGAACUGGACUGGUACUAUGAAGAGUGCACUGAUGUGUUGUGUGCUGACAGAGUGGGCCAGAUGACAAAGACCUACAGCGACAUUGACGCCGUCACUCGACUGCUGGAAGAGAAAGAGCGUGACUUGGAGUUAGCAGCUCGCAUCGGACAGUCGCUGUUGAAGAAAAACAAAGCCCUCAGUGAGAGAAACGAACUGCUGGAGGAGCAAGUAGAGCACAUGCGAGAGGAGGUCUCUCAGCUGCGUCAUGAUCUGUCCAUGAAAGAUGAGCUGCUGCAGUUUUAUUCCAGCGCUGCUGAGGAAAGUGAGGGAGAGUCAACAACCUCCACGCCUGCACGUCCCAGUGAAACCAGUGUGUCAACUCCAACUUUUUUCCCCUUGGACUCCUUGCAGAAGAAGCUCAAAGAUUUGGAGGAGGAAAACAAAUCUUUGCGAUCUGAGGCCAGUCAUUUGGAGACGGAAACAAUUUCGUACGAGGAGAAAGAACAACAACUUGUCAAUGACUGUGUCAAAGAGCUACGUCAUUCCAACCUGCAGAUUUCCACUCUGGCUGGAGAACUGGCCAGGAAGAAUGAAGACGCCUCCAGACAGCAGGAGGAGAUCACACACCUCCUUUCUCAGAUUGUAGACCUCCAGAAGAAGGCAAAACUGUACGCUGUGGAGAACGAGGAGCUGACUCAGCACUUGGGAGCAGCUAAAGACGCCCAGAGACAGCUUACUGCUGAGUUGCGGGAGUUACAAGAUAAGUAUGCGGAGUGUAUGGAGAUGCUUCAUGAAGCUCAGGAGGAACUGAAGAAUCUCAGAAAUAAAACACUACCACUCAGCACACCUAGGCGUUUCCACUCUCUGGGCUUGUUCCCGAUGGACUCUCUGGCAGCAGAAAUAGAAGGCACCAUGAGGAAGGAACUUCAGAUGGAUGAUCCAGAUGUCGAAGAGCAGAGAUUGCACCCAAAGCGAGUGUUCCAGACGGUGAAAAACCUCAACCUGAUGCGCCAGCAACGUUCACCGCUGCCCGCCUCCUCUCUCAACAUCCCAGGCUCCAAUCGGACGUCAUGCUUCACCUCAGGACGAUCCAGCAGGGUGGACACACCUCCCUCUAACUCCAUUUAUGAUAGCGAGACGGGCAGUGGGAUCAUCCUGGACAACAGGACCAGCUGUAUUCUGGAGAGUUCAGAUGACGGGUCUGAGGACUCUAAUAAACGCCUCCCUGGCACCCCAGGGACCCCAGGCAGCAGGGACCUGGAAGCAGCUCUGCGGCGUCUGUCGCUCCGCCGUGACAACUACCUCUCAGAGAAACGUUUUCUAGAGGAGGAGAGGGAGAGAAAGCUGGCUUACCUUGCCAAAGAGGAGGAAAAAGAAGGUGGGGAUAGUAGCAGAGGCACAGGGACCCCGACUGAGAGCCUGUUGUCACUGUGCUCACAUCCAUCCUUCGGAAGUGUCUGGUCGGGAUAUUCCUUCACAGCAAGAUCCUACCUGCCAGAGAAGCUGCAGAUUGUAAAGCCGCUAGAAGGCUCCGCUACACUUCAUGCAUGGCAGCAGUUGGCUCAACCCCACAUGGGCGCUCUGCUUGAUCACCGGCCCGGUGUGGUCACCAAGGGCUUUCGCACUUUAUCCCAUGACCAGGGUCAGGAAGACAGCUGGCAACUUGACCAACCAGAGGAGGAUGAAGUCUUGUGUGACUCCUUUCCUGGCUUGUCAGAAGAAAGUGCUAGUCCUUUCGAUCUGAUGAGCUCUACCUCAGCUUCAUCUCCCCGCUGCAACAAAAACAGUGGCAUCGAUGACAGUAGCCAGUCAGUAAUAUUGAAUAGUGAAAUGUGUGGCGAUAUAGUGGCGAAUCAAGGAAAAGAUGGACUUGUUGAAGACACGCCAUUUUCCUUAUCCAGACCUUCCCUUUCCUCUUCUCCUCUUCCCUCGUCGUCGGAGAUGAUGAAUGGCCACGUGGUCCUUAAGGAGCUCCAGGCCUUGCAGCCUGCCACAGUGGAGCGCAUGCCUGUUAAUUUCCCAGGGAAGUGUAUGUCCCAUACCAGCUCCACCUACACCUUCACCACCUGCAGGAUUCUUCACCCCUCUGAUCAACUGACCUCAGUGUCAGCAAGCUCUUGCUACAACAGUCCUCGUAUCAGCACCCCCACUUCCACUUCCUCUCCUGUUCCCUUCUCUGCAUCCUCUACUCCUUCCUACACCCCCUGCUGCACCCCACGCCGCCUCUCCCUCUCUCUCCCCCUCGCUGAGUCCUCCACCAACCUUAGGGACAACACCAAGACCACCAGCACCUCUCUUGGACUGGUGCGCCUCCUUCUGGAGCACGGGAUCUCUGCAUCAGUCUACAACCCCCGAAGCUGGGACAGAGGGCUGGUUUCCAGUGGAGCUUCAACACCUGAUGGAAGAGCGCAGGCACAAACGUGUACCGUCACAUCAGAGGAGACUGUUGUCCGACAGUUAGAGAAACGCCCCGACACCCUUUUCCUCCAGCCCUACACACCACCCAACUCCCCUCGCUCCAAAUCUGCCUUCUCUACCAACACUGUUCCAAUUUUUCAGUUCAGCCCUUCCACUGAUGAACCUCCAUACCAAGACGCCUUCCUUGCUUCCAAACCAGCUCGCACCAUUCUGAGGGAAGUGCUGGGGGAGAUGGAGAGGGAGCGAUUAGACCAGACAGAUGAGGACACCCAAACAGAGAUGCUAAACCUGCGACUCGUGGACAAACUGAAAAGAUUCCACACUCGAACCCCUCUUACUUCUUCGGUGUCACCUGGGAAUACUCUUUUAGCCCCCUUUACCUCCACUGGACUGGGAAACAGUGCUCUGGGUGCGGGACUUCCAGGACUGAACGCAGGACUGAGGAGGAAUCGAAGCUAUCCUGUUAUGGUGGGAGCAAGUAUGGCUAUGAAAGACCCUGGAGGUCCCCCCAACACACAGACAAUUAUUCCACAUACAAUACAAACCCCAAAUACACAACACACAGUGAACGCACAAGAAAUGCAAACAAAUCAUACACAGGUCACGAAGCCCAUACACAUACCAAAGACACUGCAUGCACUGGAAGCGGUCACACCACAGACAAUAAUACAGAGACACACCAGACCAACGAGCAACGACCGACACAGUGAUGAUGAAACUGUGACAUAAACAGUAUGCACUCACUAGCCACUAUAUUAGGUACACCUGUUCAUAUCUACUCAGCCUUUCACAUGGCAGCAACUCAGUGCAUUUAGAAAUGUAGACAUGGUCAAGGGGACCUGCAUAAGUUCAAACUGAGCAUCCGAAUGGGAAAGAAAGGUGAUUAAAGUGACUUGUGGCAUGUUUGUUAUUGCCAGACGGGCUGGUCAAAGUAUUUCAGAAACUGCUGAUCUCCUGGGAUUUUCAGGCACAACCCUCUCUAGUGUUCCCAGAGAAUGGUUUCGAGAAAAUAUCCAUUGAGUGGCAGUUCUGUGGGAGAAAAAUGUCUGGUUGAAGCCAGAAGUCAGAAGAGAAUGAUAGAAAGGCAACAGCAACUCACAUCAGUGACUCAAUUAUGCAUUUGUUGUAACCAAGGUAUGCACGAGACGUUCUCUGAAGACACAACACUUUGAAUCUUGAAGCAGAUGGGCUACGACAGCAGAAGACACCGAGUGCCACCCCUGCCACUGUGUAACGUCUCUGCUGUACCUAAUAAAGUGGCAGGUAAGUGUAUUUCCACACACAGAACAAUACUCUGAUAUGCAUAGACACUCGAAUCUAUUCACAUGUCCACAUGUCACACAUAACUUAUACAGACAUCCUUCAGCUUUGGAGUUUCCCCCAGAGAAAACGAGUUCCCUGAUGAAUAACACAGUUCGUACACAAACUGAAAAACAACAACAAAGUAUGUGUCAUAAUGAAACCAGUGGUGGCUGAAACUGUUACACUGUGCUGUUCUCAUAAUGUCAGGAUACUGAUGAUACAGUGUGUUGCCUUCCUGUGUUCUUUGUACUCGUGAUAUCGUGAAUGCCAUAUAUGUCAUUUCUGGUAUAACAUUAAAGACCCAAUCUGGUGAAAGAACUGCACAGCUUUCCCAAAACCUGUUUUCCCCCCUGCCUCAUUCUGAAUGAGUCCACGUUGAAGAUGGAUGGCAACAUUAAGAAUAAUUAAGAAUGUACUGUACUGACAAACUACAAAAGCCAUUUUGUCAGAAUUGUCAUGUCGGCGUCUAGUUUUCUGUCUUUUUUUUUUUUUGGGACGUGCAAAAAAAAAAACAAGGUAUUUUUAGUUUCUUGCUUUCAUUUUUGUCUAACUGUCAUUGCAGUUUUCAGUUCGUGAUAAAGGAUGGAAGAGCCAAGGACAGAGAUUAGAGUCAAAGUCAACACAGGCAACUAUGAUAUUUUAAAACCUUAAAUUGUUUGGGUCUGCACCUUAUUGGGCUAGAAUUAAACAGCACAGUGACAUGUGGCAUUAUAGAUUAUUUUCUACUCGCAACUCUUUAUUUUCACUCGGUGUGUUUAUAAUAUGUAAAACAGAAAUCUGGAUUGGGGCUUUAAUGUUUCCUCUUGCUGUGACUAAAUGUUCAUAUGUGCCUAAAAACAGCUUAUAGUU